AUGUACACACCUACCAGCACGAACAUCUCAUACUUCGAGGACAACUCGACAUUGUUUGACAGCGAAUAUACGCCCUAUAAAGACCGGGUGGAGACGUAUCUUGUUCCUUUUAUAUUUGCGAUCAUUUUCAUUGUGGGCGUCCUGGGAAAUGGAACUCUUGUGAUAGUGUACGUGAGGCAUAGAGGCAUGAGGAAUGCACCAAACACGUACAUAUUCUCUCUAGCACUGGCAGAUCUCCUAGUCAUUUUGAUAUGUGUCCCAUUCGUGUCCACAAUCUACACUCUUGAGUCAUGGCCAUGGGGUGAAGUCAUCUGCAGGCUCUCUGAAACCGGCAAAGACAUCAGCAUCGGAGUAUCUGUCUUCACGUUAACUGCAUUGUCAGCUGAGCGGUACUGCGCGAUCGUAAAUCCAUUUAGAAAAUUACAAUUACGAAAAUUGCCAUUGGUUUGCGCCACAUUCAUCUGGGCGGCCGCUUUGCUGUUUGCAGCUCCGGCAGCGAUAUUUUCCAACACCUCGACGGCUCAUAUCCAUAACAAUGUCACUAUUCUCUAUUGCUCGCCGUAUCCACCUGGAUGGACGAAUUAUCCUAAAUGGAUGACGUUAGCUAAGGCGCUCAUUUACUACGCAUUGCCACUACUCGUGAUCGCGUUCUUUUAUGUCCUAAUGGCUCAAAGGCUGUUGGCCAGUACGAAAGAGAUGCCCGGCGCAUUACACGCAGGGCAAGGAGAAGCUCAGGCGAAAGCUAGGAAAUCUGUCGCAUGUAUGGUCUUGAUAUUCGUUAUAGUGUUUUUCAUAUGCUUCCUACCAUACCACGCAUUGGAAAUGUGGUUUUACUUAUCUCCAACUGCACAAAGUGAUUACAACGACUGGAUCCACGCUAUGAGAAUAAUGGGUUUCUGUCUUAGCUUCCUCAACUCAUGCGUCAACCCAGUAGCAUUAUACUGCGUGAGUGGUGUCUUCAGACAGCACUUCAAUAGGUACCUGUGCUGUCGCCGUGGCGCCUUACACCCAACUUGCAGCUCCAGAUUGUCUCGGACAGCCAUUUGUGAAACUUCCUUCAGGAGCACACAACGGCUUCGAUGUAAUAGGAACCCUACAGAGAGCGUCGUCAUUUCCAACUAUGACUACGGAAGUAAAAAGAAAAAUAAUUUAAUAUCCAGAAACAGCGAUGGUGUCACAAUCAUGACCAUCAGAGACUCCAAUGAUUUCCUCACCGACGUCAAUGAAAAAUGUAUUAACAGAUAA